CUUACAACAAUGGCAUCUAAAUUCGUUCUUAUCGUCGCAUCCUUGGCUUGCGUCAGCGCAGGAUACGUUCCGAGUGGUCACUCGCACCUGUCCCAUGCUUCGGCAGCCAGCUAUGCCAACGUCAUCAAGCACGUGCCUGCUCCUGUACUGAGCAAGACCGUUCUUCCGGAGCCUCAGCUGUAUCACGGCUACGCCCAGACCGCCCCAUCGGUGGUAGUGACUAAGCCGCUAGCCCUUGCGAAUCCUCUGCCGGUGUCCUAUGCUGCAGCGCCUCAUUCUCUGUACCCAGCCCCAGCUCUGGUGAAGAAUGUCGAGUACACGAAGCCACUUUCCUACGCUCCCAUCGCCAAGACGAUCAUCGCUGAGCCGACUUACGCCAAGACGAUCGUGUCGGAGCCCGCUUACACCAAAACCAUCAUCGCUGAGCCGACCUAUGUGAAGAACAUCAUCCCGGAGCCGACUUAUCCGAUCUACGCCAAGAACAUUGUGUCGGAGCCGAUCUACACCAAGAACGUCUAUGCCGAGCCUAUCUACACCGCCAAGACCGUGAUCGCUGAGCCGACUGUGUACGCCAAGAGCAUCCUGGCCCAGCCAGCUCCAGUUUAUGGUGGAAAGGUCCUGUCGUAUGCCCCCAACGCCGCAUAUGCUCCGAUUGGCGCCCAUGCUUGGUAA